CAUGCCGUGUCGUCACAUCCCAAUCUAAAAGGGAAACUGGAUAGUCCACGAAAUAGAAAAAGACUUCGAGGGGUGAUGCUUGGACGAAUAAAUAAUCACAUAACCUAGCGUAAACUCUAAAAAACUGUUUUAGUUCUUUAUUUUUCACUAAACGCUAUCGACGGACGACCCUCAACCAUGUCUGCUCAGGCUCAAAUGAGAGCGCUUCUCGACCAGUUAAUGGGAACUGCGAGGGAUGGUUCAGUGUAUCUUUGCCAGCCUACAACAAUCUGCAAAGGAGUUGCAGAAAAGCCUCAUGUUCAUCGAGCCGUAUGGGCAAGAAAACUGUUCCCAUUUAUACUUUUCUGCAGCGGGUUUAAAAUUCUGCAGCUGGGGUCUUGAAGAUGCAGAAGGGUACAGUAUGUGGUGCAGAUCGCAGUGUGUAUAAACUACAUUUUUUCCUUGGAUUUCUUUUGCAUUUUUGUUUUGAAUUUCUUUUAAAUGAUUCAUAUAUGUAAAGGCUUGGCUGGACAUUUGUCUGAAAUGCAUACACUUUUUAAUCACAGUGCUUAUAGCAGCAUUUUCUGCAUUGUAAAAUAACCCUAAGGUAAAUAAAAUUGACUUAUUAUAAGUUCUGUUCCCAUGUACAGUUUUAAAUUGGACUUUAAGCCUCAUCAUACAUUGAACUCUUGAGGCUCUAACAUUGCUUCACUGUUUUGUUUAUAUUUUGAAAAGGUAAGCAUGAAGAAAUGCAGGAAGUAGAGUAUAAAUGCGCACAGUACUUUUAUAAUACAUGUCACAAAAAUAAAGCAUUUAUGAAGUCAAGCAGUGGCAGAGUAAAAGUGUUACAUUUCACAAGUGAAUGUUAAACUGACCAUCAUUUAAGUGGACACAAAAUGAAGAAAUACAAUUUGGAGUUACACAAAUCUGCCCAAUAAAUAUAGUGCAGUUACAGUUAUAUGAUUUUAAAACACUGGAUACUUCGCCGUUUCUUGUAAACAUGCAUGGGUUUUCCUCACUGGUUGUUUCUUGGACUGUUUCAGGUGAUGAAACGCGUCAGAGGGUCAAGUUCACCGACGAGCGAGUCUGCAAAAGUCACCUUCUGAACUGCUGUCCACAUGACAUCCUGUCUGGAACUCGCAUGGACCUAGGAGAGUGCACGAAGAUCCAUGACCUGGCACUGCGAGCAGAUUAUGAAAUUGCGUCCAAGGAGAGAGAUCUGUUCUUUGAGCUUGAUGCGGUGGAUCACCUGGAGUCGUUCAUUGCUGACUGUGACCGGAGGACAGAACUGGCAAAGAAGCGCCUGGCAGAGACCCAAGAAGAGAUCAGUGCUGAGGUGGCAGCAAAGGCAGAGAAAGUUCAUGAACUGAAUGAGGAAAUAGGAAAACUCCUGGCCAAGGCUGAGCAGCUUGGAGCCGAGGGCAACGUCGAUGAGGCUCAGAAGGUUCUGCAGGAAGUGGAGAAGGUUCGCACCAGGAAGAAAGAUGCAGAGGAGGAGUACAGAAACUCGAUGCCAGCCUCCAGCUUCCAGCAGCAGAAGCUCCGUGUGUGCGAGGUUUGCUCUGCUUACCUCGGUCUCCAUGACAACGACCGCCGCUUGGCUGACCAUUUUGGUGGGAAACUUCACCUGGGCUUCAUUCAGAUCAGGGAGAAACUGGACCAACUAAAGAAAACGGUGGUCGACAAGCAGGAGAAAAGAAACCAGGAGCGCUUGAAGAGACGAGAAGAGAGGGAGAAGGAGGAGAGGAUGAGGAAGAGGACCAGAUCACGCAGCAGGGAGCACAGAAGGUCUCGUUCUCGUGACCGCAGAAGGAGGCGCUCUCGCUCCUCAUCACGUGAUAGGCGCCGCUCUCGCUCACGCUCUAGGGAGAGGAAGAGGAGGCAUCGCAGCCGCUCCCGUUCCCGCAGCCGAGGACACCGUCACAGCCACGAGCGGAGCUCCAAACACAAGUCGUCCAGGGACCGAGAACGCUCCUCCAGAGACAGAUCACGAGAGCGAGACAGGCGGGACGGUAUGAACGGCCGGUCAGACUCCCGCCGAGCAGACGACAGGGACAUGGGGGACCUCUGAAGACCAAACUCCCAUCAGUUACCACACAUCCUCCUCUUGUCUCUCUCUCUCUCAAUUGUCUGUCCAUUUCUAAUAACCUGAUGUCACAUACGUCCUUCCCUCUGUUCUCCUGCAUCAGUCCUUUGUUUGCUUUGUUCACAAAUGUGAGAUAUUCUACAGAUAUUCAUCACAUUAAGCUUGAAUGGAGAGGUGGGUGAGUCAUGAUCUUUGAUAGAGCUUACUGUAAAACCCACAUCUGUUAUUUGUAUCUAAAACAUCCUGUGUGUUAGAAAUGAUCCCAGCAGAAGAAGCAAACAUGGACCGAUGGUCUGAAGCCUAAAAUGUAACUGACAAAUAUUCAUUUCUCACAUCCUCAUGUUAUUUUUAAGACCCAGUCUGUCUGUAAAUAUGAUUUGGGCCGACUGAUUGUCAUGGUGUGAAAAACCUUGUCCUAUCAGAAAGGUUUUGGGUUUGUUUUUUUAUGUCUCUUUGAGUUUUUUUUUUUGUAAUUCACCAGCUCUUGUUACACAGAAGUUCUUGAUCGUCUGUCCACUAUUCUUAGUUUGAUAAAAGCCCAAGUAAAGUAAUAGAAACCCAGUUAUUACCAAUUUUUUAAACUUUGAUUUCAUGCUGUCAGCAGUGUGAACUUCUUUCUUUUUUUUUUCAAACCCCUGCAUUACGUUUGUCUUGAUUUCUUUAUUUAAAAAAAAUAAAAUAAAUUGUCACUUCACAGGAAGUGUUGGCAUGUGAAGAUGUAGGUACAAAAAAGACACAUCGGAAAUCCAGAGUUAUAACUGUACAUUUGUUUUUAUUAGUCAAGUUCGUCAAUUUAAAAAUGCCCAUUUUGGACAUAAUUCUGUGUGUAUAGAUUUAUAAUUGCAUACACAUUUUAAUGGAAGCAUUGCUUUACCUAAUGUAUGAAGUCAUAUCUGUUUAUGUUCUGCUGGACAUCUUUCUUUAAAGUCUCAAUUAAAAAAAUCCCACCAUUUUAAA